AUGGCGUCCAACAAGGCUCUCGUCGCGUUCGCCGUCCUGCUCGCCGCCGCCUUUCUCGUCGCCGCCGACGAAACCCAGGCCGGCAAGAAGGAAGAGGCCAAGGUGGACGUGCAGGACUACUGGCGCGGCGGCGGCUACCCUCGCGGCGGCUACCCCGGCGGAGGCUACCCCGGCGGCGGGUACCCGCGCGGCGGCUACCCCGGCGGCGGCUACCCGCGCGGCGGCUACGGCUACCCGGGAGGAGGCUGGCGCGGCGGCUGCCGGUGCUGCGGCUACGGCUACCGCGGCGGCUGCCGCUGCUGCGCGAGCCCCGACGAGGUCCCGGAACCCAUGUACCGCCCGGAGGUGGAGCUCCACAACUGA